GUUAUUUAAACUUGAAUCAAGAGGGGAGGAAAAUUUCCUCAGACGGGACAGCGUUGCCUAGCAGCUAGGCAAAGGACUCUCGCUACUUCACGCCGCCUGUGUCUGUGUGUGUCUGUGUGUGUGUGUGUGUGUUUUUCACUCGUAUAUCGAGGAACCGCGGACUCUCUCUCAUCUGUCUGCUUCCCUCUCGCAGUCUAUAUGCCAAACAUGCCCCAGACCGUGACACUAAAGGGACCCUCUCCUUGGGGGUUUCGACUGGUGGGAGGACGGGAUUUCAGCACACCGUUAACCAUCUCCAGGGUAACACCAGGCAGCAAGGCGGCCCAGGGUGACCUCUGUCCUGGCGAUACCAUCCUGGCUAUCAACGGCGACAGCACAGAGCUCAUGACACACAUGGAGGCUCAGAACAGGAUCAAAACCUGCACUCAGCAGCUCACACUCAACAUCAGCAGGUCGGGAUCAGGAGACAGAGUGUGGUCGCCAACAGUUAGCGAAGAUGGCAAGACAAGCCCUUACACGGAGCCUGACUCACAGAAUUUCCGACCCAUCACCAGCGGAUAUGGCGGCUACAGCCGGAAACCUUCGUACACCUCCGAACCUCAGUCUCCGCAGCCAAUCCAGUCCCCGCACGUACUCCAGUCCCCGCAGGCUUCCCAGCCCACUCACCUGAAUAACGGACACUCCAGACCCAACAACGGCCACAGCUACGGAUACGGGAACGGAACUGGGCACGCUCAGUACAACAACCCAGCGGGACUUUAUUCUCACAAUGGCAGCAAUGGAGACAGAUCUCUGCCAAGCAAGAUGGGAGGCCUUAGCCUCAGCGCCACACAUAGCCCAGAGCCUCCCAUACACUCCCCUGGGGGCCGUAAUGGUUUCGACCCGCAGUCAGAUGUCUACAAGAUGCUGCAGGACUACGUGGAGCCCGUCUCUGAACCCAAACAGUCCGGCUCCUUCAAAUACCUCCAGGGAAUACUGGAGGCUGAGGACGGAGGUGUGUCCCCGACAGAGAGAAUGAGAAACUUAAAGUCUCCUGUCAGGUCUCCAAUUCCCAAACUUGGAAGCCCAAUCCCCAGCCCCAUGCCUGGUCUUCAGAAGCUACCCCAGUGCACACGCUGCUGUAAUGGCAUUGUUGGCACUAUUGUGAAGGCCAGAGACAAACUCUACCACCCAGAGUGCUUCAUGUGCGACGACUGUGGCGUCAACCUCAAGCAGAAAGGUUACUUCUUCAUCGAGGACAAUCUUUACUGUGAGACCCACGCCAAGGCACGCGUCCAGCCCCCAGAGGGCUAUGACGUCGUUGCCGUUUACCCCAACUCCAAGGUUGAGCUAGUCUGAGAUCUGAGAUCUGAUGAGUAUCCCCAAAAUUCCAAAACCCGUUUAAAAAAAAAAAAAAAAAAAAUCCCAGCCUGACAGCCUUCAUCUCUCAAUCAGUGUGUUUACAUUGAAUUCUAGAUCCAAGGAAAAUACUGAACCAGUUAAGGUGUUCAUAUCCACAUCACGAGCACAACAUAUUGCAAGAAUAUUCCACGUAAUAAAAAGAAAGAAACUGCACAGAACGAGACGUUUAUGCAGUUUGAAUUCACUACACCAGUAAACUUCAGCUAUCUGCUUUUCUAUCAGCACAGGUUUAUCAGCAGCAAAAUAUUCAGUCUCACGACAACCCUCACUCAAGCCUUAAAAUACUUUUAAAACACUAGUGUGUGUGUUUGAUGUGGGUUAUCACAAAAGAGUUUUAGUGGUAUGGUGUGUCUGGCUGUGAUAGGCUGUGUGGAGGAGUUGGUGCUUUUUCUGCCUUUGGACUAAUUUUGCAUUUAGCUUUAUAGCGAUGGUUUCCCAUGCAGCACGGAACACUAGAAAAUAUCAGUCUAUGUUUCGCAGUCAUUUAAGGUGUUAUAAUAUUUUGUUUAAGCUUUGGUUAAGGGGGUGGAAGGUUUCAUUGUCGUUUUAACUAUGUUACACAUUAUACUCCUGUCGCGGUUGGACUUUUUCCAUUUUGUAAUUUACAUCUAUGCAGUUUACUUUUCAAACUUUCUGUGUUGCAAACAUCUCUGUUUGAUGGUCGCUCACAGUACACAAUAUUUCAUUAUAAGCCGACCUCUAACAAUUGUGACUGUCCGGAAUGUGUGGUGGUGAAUGGGUUUACCGAACUAUAACCUGUAGUAAAUGCCUCCAAGCAAGCACCACUUUCUGAAAUGCAAACAACAAAAAAUCCUGCAGGAGACAUCCUCAGACUUCUGUGAGAAACUAUCGAACUUGGUGAGAAUCAUUUAAAUGAAUUUCUCCCAGAUGCGAUAGCAACAAACUCAGUUUAUAAACAACAAAUUGCAAGAAAUGUGACUUUAAUGAUGGAGUAGCUUAGCAUGAGGCAUUGCGUGCAUGCAAUGAUGACAUUUUGAACAGAAGAUUGUAACUAAAGCGCUCUCAAGCACCUGACUGGGAGAGGAAUUUCAGCUCUCACUCAUGUUAACACCAAAGAAUUCCAGUUCAUAAAAACAAGAGCACGGAGUUCAAUGGGUCUGUUUAUUAAAAACACCAAAAUGCUCUGCCUCUCAUGACAACUUUUUAAAAAAUGGUCAUGUGCAUUUGAGACUAGAAGACACGGACCACAAAAAACUGUUAGAAACUCAUAAACUGGGACUCCACAGCCUCCAACAUGUGGGAGUAAUAUUCACUUUGUUUAGUUUUUUGGACCCACAACACAGAUAUGCUACAGUUCCUCUUUGGAAAAGAGAAAAAGACAGAAGUUGGAAGUAUGCAUAGUUGUAUUCCCUUCCUACUAUGAACUCAAAUUUCUGGUCACAGCCAAAUCCAUGAAGCAAAUUAAAUAUACUUCAAUAUUUCCUCUGAGAGAGGGCAAACCGAAAGGGGAGGAGAUGGGAAUAAGAAACGAGAGGACAGCAUGUAUUCUCUUUUCUUGACAGUAAUUCUUUCUGCAAGAAGAAAUAGUCAAUGACUGCAAUAUGUGGCCAUCUGUGUUGGCUUAUUGUGAAUAGUAAAGUAAACUGCACGGAGAGGAGUGUUCUUAUUCUUAGUUUUACAAAUGUUUCUAACAAAACUACUUUUUUUAAAAAUUUGAAACAAGAAAAUGAAUAUUGCAGAGCUGAUAGCCGUCUUUUUUUUUUUCUAGAUAUCAACAGUGAUGUGUAGCUGCUGGUAUGCCAUCUAUACUAGUUUUCUUGUAAAUUAUGUGAAAUUAUAUUGCUACAACAUUGUGUCUUUGGUAUUGUACAUAUUUGUUUUAUCGGGAUUCAGCAUACAGCGUAUAACAUGUCACUCACGUGCCUUUGCAUACUCCGUGUCUGUAAGUGAUUUCUUUGACACAAAUCCUUCUUCUUCUGUUUAACUUAUUGUUCACGUUUUUGUUCUGGAGCUUCUUAUUUGCUUUUUUUUUUUUUUUUCAAGGAUCUCAAUAAAAUGAGAAAUGCAUUACCAUGAAA